AUGGCCCCGUUCUCAAAGCCUGAGACGGUGUUGAAGCAGGCCGAGGGCCUCGUCUCCGUCGGCCAGACACAUGCGGCGCUGCAGUCCUUGACCGAGAUGUUCCAAUCGAAGCGCUUUCGCUCGACGCCGCUGGCCUCGUUAGAGCCUAUCAUGCUCCGCUUUGUCGAGCUCUGCGUCGACAUGCGCAAGGGGCGCACCGCGAAGGAGGGUCUGAUGCAGUACAAGAAUAUCGCGCAAAACACGAACGUCGCAUCUAUCGAGGUCGUCAUCAACCGCUUCGUCCAGCUAGCGGACGCCAAGGUGCAGGAGGCCCAGGAGAAGGCGGAAAAGGCCGUCGCCCUGACCGACGUGGACGAUCUGGAGGCGACGGAGACGCCGGAGAGUAUCUUGCUGGGUGCGGUCAGCGGCGACCAGAGCAAGGACAGGACAGAUCGGGCGCUUGUCACCCCUUGGCUUAAAUUCCUCUGGGAGAGUUAUCGGACGGCAUUGGAGACGCUGAAAAACAAUGCCAGAUUGGAAGGCAUCUACCAGCACAUCGCGCAACAAGCCUUCAAGUUCUGCAUCAAGCACCAGCGGAAGGUCGAAUUCCGCCGGCUUUGCGAGACUCUACGACUGCACUUAGCCAACGUCGCCAAGUACGCCCACCAGACGCACGCCAUCAACCUGCAAGACCCAGAAACUUUGCAACGCCACCUCGACACCCGCUUCGCUCAACUGAACACCUCAGUGGAACUCGAGCUAUGGCAAGAAGCGUUCCGGUCCGUCGAGGACGUCCACAACCUGCUCACCAUGGCCAAGAAGGCGCCGCGCCCGUCGGUCAUGGCCAACUAUUACGAAAAGCUGACCAGGAUCUUUUUGAUGAGUGGCAAUGCCCUGUAUCAUGCCGCCGCUUGGGGUCGGUACUACGCUGUCGUCAUGACUGCCGGGGGGAAGAGCGAGGAGGAACUAGGCCGCCUUGCCGGUCAAGUCCUUGUCAGCGCCCUCGCCGUGCCGGUUGGGUUGCAGGAGGACGGUGCGGAGGAUGGCAAGAACAAGAACAGCAGACUCGCUGCUCUGAUUGGGCUAUCGAAGCCGCCUACCCGUACCGGACUUCUGAAGGAUGCUCUAUCAAGAAAUGCUCUCAAGCUGUCCCCUUCCUUCGUCAAAGAACUGUAUAAUGUCCUUGAAGUGACCUUUGACCCCCUAACUCUCGGUUUCACCGUCGCCCCCCUCUUCAAAACCCUCGCCAACGAACCAUCCUACGCUCCCUACCUCCCCCUCCUCCAGCGUGCCCUCCUCUCCCGCCUCCUCGCCCAGCUCUCACAAGUGUACUCCUCCAUCAAGAUCGACAACCUCCUCGAGCUGGUCGCGCCGCUGCGCGACGAGACCAUCGACGGCUCGCACGUGUACGACGAGAACCAGGUCGAGGCGUUUGUGAUGGGCUGCGCGCGCCGCGGCGAGCUGAACGUCAAGGUCGACCACGCAGCGGGCAGCCUCACCUUCAUCGACGACGCCUUCGAGCCGGGCGCAUCGAGCACCGCGCUCUCGAAGGAGGUGCAGAUCCAGCCGUCGCAUGCGGACGAGGUGCGCACGCGCCUGAGCCGCAUGGCGAUCUGCUUGCACAACUCGCUCAACGCGGUGUACCCGCCGCCCGUGCCCUCGCAGGAGGAGCAGGAGGCGAAGUUCGCAGCAUUGGUGGAGGCGGCGAAUGCGGAGCGCGAGGCGCUGCGCAUUCGUAGGGCGCUGGUCACCCGGAGGAGGGAGCUCCUGUCGGAGCUAUCGGCGAGGAAGGAGAAGGAGGAGGCGAGCAGGCGCGCGACUAUCAGUCGCAGGGAGAAGGAGGAGGAGGCGAAGCGCGCGAUGAUGGAUGUGAGGAGGAGGGAGAUGGAGAGGGCGAAGAAGGAGAUUGAGAAUAUCAGAAAUGAGGAAGCUCGCAAGUUGGCGGAAUCUCUGAAGGCCAGGGGCAGGCUCAAUGUGGACAUUGAGCAAAUGGAGCAGCUGAGCACGGACAAUCUCAUGCGCCUUCAAGUCGAGCAGAUCGAGAAGGAGAAGCGGGAGCUCAACGAGAGGCUGCGUGUCAUCGCCAAGCGCGUCGACCAUAUCGAGCGUGCGUACCGCAAAGAAGAGCGACCUCUCCUCGCGAAGGAUUACGAGGAGCAGCAGGCUACUGACCGCGCGACGUUCGAGGCCCUCCAGCAACAACGUCUUGAAGCAGCUAAGCAGACACACCUGCAAAACCUCGAGACCAAGAAGCGUCUGUCUCGUAUGUUGGGUGAUUAUCAGGCUAGGAAAGAGGAGAUCAUGGCGAAGAGAAGCGAGGAGUUCGCCAAGAGACAGGCGAAAGCGCAAAAGAAAAUCGAGGAAGAGAAGGCGAAACGAAGGGCUGCUGUGCUCAAGGCCCGUGAGGAGGAGCGACUGCGCUGGGAAGAGGAGGAACGCAUUCGAAGAGAGCAAGAGGAGGAAGAGGCUAAGCGCGAGGCCGAGCGUCGUGCUGAAGAAGAGCGUCUCCUUGUAGAAGAGGAACGCAAACGGGCUGAGGAGGAAGCCAAAAAGAAGGCAGAGGAGGAGAAGAGGGCCGAGGAACGACGACGCCGCGAAGCUGAACGCGCGGAGGCCGCGGAGAAGGCGAGACUGCAGCAGCAGCGUGAAGAGGAAGCCGAGAGACGCUUGGCCGAGCGUACAGCUCAGAGGAAUAGGCCUCCCCCUGCGGCUGCUCCUGCAGCUCGUGCCGCUGAAACGGGCGGUGUAUGGCGGAGGUCUACACCAGUCAGCAGCGUGCCCCCGACGCCAACGCGGGCGAGCGCUGCUGGCAACGUCCCCUCAAGACCUGAGAGUCCUGCCCCAGCUGCAGGCGCUUAUCGGCCCGGUGCUCUGGGCAAAGCUGGUGGAUGGCGAGACAGGGAGAAGGCCAAAGUAGCUACGGGUGGUGGAGCCGACACACCGCCAACGCCCUCGACGCCUAUGUCUCGCGCCCGUGAUGUACCACCUGCUGCGGAAGAUGACGGGUUCCAGCCAGUCGAAAAGAGGAAUGUCUGGAGACCGUCGCGAGGACGUGGUCGCGGCGUCUGA